AUGGGCCGCAACGACUUUCAGGUCAAGAUCAGCGGCGUGCGCAUCGAGUGUGAGGAGGUGUCUGCAGUGCUGAAGACCCACCCAGUGGUCGGAGAUGCUUUGGUCACUGCUUUUGAUGGGCCUUUCGGAAAAGCAUUGGCGGCCUACGUUGUUACCACUGACACAGUGGAUUGGUCGCAGGAGAUGAGCCAGGGUGCACAAGACGAGGACGAGAUUCUGAACGUCAGCAGCUGGGGCGCCGUCUACGACGAGAUGUACAAGGAGACCGACAACAGCGUCUCUGCCCAGGACCCUACACUCAACUGGAGCGGCUACACGGACACUUACUCGCGCCGGCCUCACAUCGAGCCUGUCAUCAAGGAGUGGGUGGAGUGGAGCUGUGAACAGGUCUCUGCUCAUGCGGGCCUCCUGAGAGAGGGGAGCUGGCGCAAGGGGAGGCCAACCAUCACCGAGCUUGGCUGUGGCAACGGUAUGCUUCUGUUUCGGCUGGCACCACUUCUGGGCGAGACUGGGAGGUACAUUGGCACCGACAUCUCAACGAGGGCACUGGAGACGGUAGCGGAGCUCAAGCGCACGUUGCCGCAGUACCAGCACCUGAAUGUCGACACGAAGGCCUUGGCCGCACACGAGAUCUUCGAGGUUGUGCAGGCGCAGGAGAACGAUAUCGUCUUGUGCAAUGGCGUGACGAUGUAUUUCCCCACGGCCAACUAUCUGCUGAAGUGCAUGCAGCUCUCGGCGGAGGCCACUCGCGACGGUGGCCUAGUCGUCUAUGGCGACAUCCAAAGCCGGCGCCAUGUGCUUGCCUUCCGGGCACACGUCGAGACGUACCAGGCCCUCCGUCGACAAGAUGCCACUGCUUCGGCGGUCCUGCAUGCGGCCAAGCAGAGCGUAGCAGGAGAGGAGUUAUCGUACUUCGACGAUGCACUCUUCCAUCGGUUGGAUCGCAAUGGGCAUGGGCUCUUCCAGAACCGCCUGGCCCGCGUGGAGCUUCGCGUGAAGCGUGGUUGGUGGCACUCCGAGUUCAACCGCUUCCGGUACGACGUGUGGCUGGUCUUGGGUGAGAAGGAGGAACGGGAACCGAAGUUCGAGAUGAUCAGCUACGAGCAGGUGCAGCAGGAGCUCCAGUUGGGCGACGGCGACGCCAAUGAGCUCGUGGACUCGCGGCUGGUUGAGAAGCUGGAGGAUUGGGUCGCCCAGCGGUUGAAGGCCGUGGAGAGCGCUGGCGAGAUGGACGGCUUCGUGGUCACCCUGCCGAAUGCCCGUACCUUCCACGCAACGCGGCUGCUGGAGUGGCUGGAGACGGCCGCCGCUGCGGUGGAGCCGGUGGAGCUCUCGAGUCUUCCGGGUCUCCUUCACCCCGCAGAUGCCUGCUCCGGCAGCGUCCGAGAGAGCGCCAAGUUCGGCGUGGAGCCGGAGAUGCUAUUCACCCUGGAGCUCCCAGAAGGCUGGGAGCAGCGAGUGAUUUGGGCCGAGGAUCCGGGCUUCCUGCGCUUCGUGGUGCUCAAGAGCGAGGCGUCGAAAUGCUCCUGGCUGGCGGCGGCCACGGCGGCUCCGCGGGAGGAGCUUCCAGAAGACCUGUCCGCCUUCAAGAACCAGCCGGAGGACGUGGAGUUUAGCUUCAACCCCGUGAAGGCUUGCAACGAUUUGAUGAAGGCAUGGGCCGCGGGUACUUCGCUUCUGCCGGCCAUGCGGCCAUCCGUCUACAUCCCACUCGAGGCCUUUCCCAAGAACGCCGCCGGAAAGAUUGAUCGGGCGGCCCUGCCCGAUGCUGUUAAAGCGUUCGAGGAGAUCUCGACCACCGCGGCGGCAGAAUACGAGCCGCCCUCCACGGAGGAGGAGAAGACCAUGGUGGAAAUCUGGGAGAAGGUGCUGAAGGUUCAGGUCGGGGUGCUCACGCCCUUCGUGGCCUACGGCGGCCACUCUCUCACUGCCGUGCAGCUCUGCUCCAGCGUCAACGCCGCCUUCAACCAGAGGCCAGAUUUGGUCUAUUUGAUGUCGGAGGACUGUACCGUGAGGGCUCUGCUUGCGAAGUUGCGGAGCGAGGGUGCCCAGGCGAAGCCGGAGGAGGGUUGCGUGGUGCGCCUGUCUCCAGAGGGCCGUGGCGGCCUGCCCAUGCUCAUCUUCUGUGCCGCCGGCACGUCUGCGGCAACCUACGGUGGGGUGGCGGAGCGGGCGAGCCGGCUUCAGCUCUUCGGCGUGGAGCUGCCGGGUCGCGGAAGAAGGGCCGAGGAGCCGGUGGUGUCGGACUUCAAGGAGCUCUUUGAGGUUCUGCGGGAGGAUGUCAUGAAUUGGGCGAGGCGGCAGAAGCGCUUCUUCGUUUGGGGCGACAGCCUCGGUGCCGUGCUGGCCUACGAGUUCGCAAAACUCUGGGAGGCAGAUCCAUCAACAAGCCUUCUUGGCCUCUAUGCAUCCGGCAAUGCGGGGCCUUCUGAGGCCAGCCGCGAGCGCGGAAUGGGUGAGGCUGCCAUGGUUCACCUGGGCUACGAAGGGCCCUGCAGGGAAAUGACACAGGAGGACUGGAAGCGCUUCCUGCUGGCCUCCGCGGGAACCGGUCGUGCGGAGUUAGAGCAGCUGCUCCAGAAGCCCGAUCUGGCCGAGAGCAUUGUGAACCCGGUGCGCGCCGACUGUCUUGCCUAUGAGUCCUAUCGCCUGAGCCAAGUGGAGCGCAUCCAUUCGCCCAUCGUCACUUUGCGCGGCGGCCAGGACGUCAUCACCUCACCGCAGGCCAUGCGGUCCUGGCAGGAGGUGGCAGGAAGCCGCUACGAGCACAAGGAGUUCGGGUCCUUCGGGCACAUGCUCGCGCGGGAGUGCCCGUCCCUCUUGGCUGAGCUCUUCGAGCAGUACUCGUUGCCAGACUUCACGCACGAGCUGCGCCAUUUCGAGACCUUCCGCACCGCCUACAGGCUCAUGCGCACGCGGUCGCAGCAGCACGGCUCUUCGCAGAAGGCCCGGGAUAUCCGCAAGAGCAUGCGGGUUUGCAGCCCCACGCUGGGUGCAACCAAGGUCCCUUUGGACGUCGAGCUGAACGUGGCGGAGCUGGAUCUGAACUGGGAGCUCCUCGACGACAUCACCCCACCCACGAAGGAGGUCAAGGUCAUGCGGGUCGGCAACCUCACAUGGAGGAAGGGUGAAUUCGGCUCCUCGCCACCCCGGCACAAGACCUUCUCCCGUUUCAGCCAGAGGGAAUUCGCACAGUUUGGCCAGGUCCUCGGCGAUCUGGUGGAGUAUGUCCUGGAGCAGGACGGAAAGGUUUCUUCUGAGAAGUUCCAGGGCUUCUACUCGAAGCACCCGGCACACAAGGCUGCCAUCAAGAACAUGAGGACUUUCUGCGAACAGCAUGCGGACGUCUUCUCAAUCUCGGACACGAAGCCUCACUGGGUGCUGAUGGUGAAGGUUCCAAACCCCAGUGCCACAGCGAAAAAGCUUGCCGCCUAUGUCCGCGACCGCGGAGGCACAGUUGCUCUCGGUGACCUCGAGGUUUGGAAACGUGAGAAUCCAACACUGGCAAAGACCAUUCACAAAGGAGGACGUUCCAUGAAGGGUUUCUUCGACGGAUGUGCAUGCGCACAGAAGCUGCUCACAGUCGAAAGUUUCUCUGGUGUUGUGACGAAGGUGUCCUUAAAGACAGCCAAUGGAGCUCCCACAGGCGCAGGUGAUGACGACAGUGCUCGUGCCGCUGCCAACCGUGCUCGUGUCGCUGCUAGCCUUGCUCUGUAUCUUCGCGUCAAGGGCGGCUCCAUGCAGGCAUGCGACAUCCAUGAGUACUAUAGAGAGUUCCCCGAGCACAAGCAAGCCAUCGGCAAGCUCCGAACUUUCUGCGAAGAGCAGAAUGGUCUCCUUGUGUUUGAAAUGGACUCUGCUGGUGGCAAGAUUUCUCUUUCUGGCCACACAGCAACUUCUCAGUCGAAGCCGCUGCCGCAAGCCCCAGACAUGAUACUGAAAUCAGCCGACAAUGCAGCUCUGGCGACACAGACGGCUCUAAAGGCGGCCAAGGGAGCCCUCACGAGCUCAAGUGUUGACCGCGCUCGUGCAGCUGUUCACCUUGCCCUGUAUCUCCGCGGCAAUGGUGGCUCCAUGCUCGCUUGCGACAUCCAUAAGUAUUACGCGCAGUUCCCUGAGUACAAGCAAGCUAUCGGCAAGCUCAAGACUUUCUGCGAAGAGCAGAGCGACCUCCUUGUCUACGAAAAGGACCCUCGCCCUGGCAAGAUUUCUCUUCCCAGGCAUUGCACGGAGGGCAGCUGGGCGAAGAGCUUGGCAACAGCCUGCCAAGUUGCAGCUCCUCGCUCCAAGCCGCCACCGCUCCCCGAAGUGACAGUGGAUUCAGCUGACAACGCAGUUUGCAUAGCUGCAAGCCUUGCCAUAUUCGUCCGGAGCCAGGGAGGUUCUAUAAGCGGUAGCAACAUGUCUGAGUACUACACGAGUCACCCCUCGCACAAGCAGGUGAUAUCGGAGACAGGCUUGAGGGUCUUCGCAGAACGAUACGAUGGGCUGUUCAGGUUCGAGCCACUUCCAGGCAGUGGCACGCUGUCCUUAAGGUCGCAUUGUUGCCACUAUUUGAGAGGGGAAUGUGUGCAUUCUACUGACCACGAUGGGAAGCUGCACUCUAUCCCGUCCUCCUCUCCUGUUUUGUGUGCCUUCGGCCCGAACUGCAAGCAGGGCCACUGGAAGCUCCUGGAGGAGCUUGCUGCACGGAGUAAGCGUGCCGGCACCUCGCCAACUCCCUCCAGCACGAAGUUAAACGUGUCGGAGAUCCGAUGGACUCACGAUGCAAUCCGCGCAACCUUCCGAGAUGGAAAGCUGCUGAUGGAGACUCUCGUGGAUUUGCUAACGGGCAAGCUGCGACCCUCCGACCUCCCGAUGGUGGAGGUACUGGAGCUGGGCGCCAGCUUUUAUACCAUCGAGGGCAACCGCCGCCUCUGGAUUUUCAAGGAGCUCCAGGCAAUCACAGGAGAAGAAUUGACUAUCGAGGUCAGGAGAAAGACGGAUGUCAAAGGCUUCACGCAAAGCUUCACCUCCAAGAACGGAGGUCAGUCUGUGGAGUUUUACACCAAGAGCAGAGACAGGACUUACCCCAGCAUGAGCUUCGCCCUCGCCGUCUUCUUCGGCCGGGUGCGGGGUGAACUGGAGAUGAGCAUCGGCCGCGAGGUCGCCAAGGCACCCACUGCAAUGAUGAACGUCGAGGCCCUGGCCGCUGCUAUUGCUCUCGAGGUGGGUCCUGGCUUGGAGUCACAGCUUCGGCAACGGCCGGAUCUCUUCCAGCUCACCAAGGGCGAGGUGAGCCUGGCCGACUGCAUGACCUCUUUCGGAGUGCUGACCGCGCAUGCUGCUCCGAACGAUCCGCCGCCUGCAGACAAGCACGAUGAAGCAGAGGAGAAGCUGCAGAUGCCAGAGUCAGAGCUCGCAGCAGGACCUGAUCAACUAGAUGCAGAAGACGACGGCUGCGGGGGAGAGACUGCCGAAGGACGUCGAACCCGUCGAGGACGUCGAGGAGGGCGACGAGCCGCUAAAGCAGGCGAAGAGCGGCGCUGGGACGAGAUUCUCAGGGAGAUCCUUCAGGCACGCGAGGGUUCCGUUCCGCUGUCGGAGCUGAGCGAGACUGUGAAGAUGUCCCAGGAGACCUUGCUGGUCUUGCUGAAGCAAUCGGAGCAAUUCCACAUUGCCUCGUUGGAGUCCGAUUCUCUGGUCUCCCUCGCCGACUGCCCGGCUGGAACCGGGUUCCAACAGCCUCAGAGGAUGGACAUCUCCUCGGAUGCCGACGACUCCACGGUGGAGGCUGCGAGCCUCGAGGAGGAGCUGAGCCAUCUCUUGCGGGCGAAGGGGGGCUCGAUGCCUCUCGCGGAGAUGGAAUGGGCGGAGGUGUGCAUGACGCACUUCAAGAACCUUCAAGAGUUGGCAUCUUUCUUGGAUCCUCUGCUUCUUCGAACGAGCUCCCAGGAAUCUCGACCCCGACGCUUCUCCGUGCGCUGGGAGGGCACCCAACAGGUUGUGGAAGAUAUGCUUCCCACCUUCGAGGCUGGACCAGAAGCCUAUGAUCGGAUGCCAGCUGCCAUGCGAAAUGUACAGCUCGCUGCUUUGGCAUCGGCCUUCACAGCCGCGGCUUCUUUGUCAGUGCCGCUGCACGCAACGUUUUGGGGGGGCCCAAGGCUGCUCGUGGAUGUCGCACCCGAAGCUGCGACCGGCAAACAGGUGGCUUCACAGAGACUUUUGUUGGACACCGGAUCUUCCACGCUGGCUUUCUGUGAGCAAGGACUGCUCCAGCAGACGCUUUACGAGAUGACGGACUAUGUGUCCUGCAACGCCUACAACCCAGGUGGCAACUACACAGGAUAUUGGGGGCCUUUCGUGGUCGGCGAUCUCACCGCAGGCAACCUAUCCAUGCACAACUCCACCUACAGUGUCAUGGCAAACCAGGUCGGUAUGCCCUGCGGCGAUGGCGUUGAAGGGAUCUUCGGAAUUGCUUUCCAGCAGCUCGAUGCAGGCGUGCCCGUCGAGUCUUUCUCGAACUGGAACGACACCGCAUCGUGCCCCAUCAAGAACGAAACGUUUUUGCCGCCACCGCUGCUGCAUCAGCUCCAGGCUUCCGGCGGUGUGGAGAUGCUGGGCAUCUACUGGUCCGGAGACAUUGGAGAAGAGCAGGCGAGGCUCUACAUCGAUGAGGAUGCCGUAAACGAGCACUACGACGCCGAAUCCGUUGUGGGCCCUGUUGCCUUUGGGGAGCUGGGCUGGUUUGACGUGAAUAUUCAGCGGAUCUCCGUGGGUGAUGAGGAGUUUGUGGGCUUCAACUGCACAGGGAGGGCGAUCGGCCAGUGCACCAUGGACACCGGAACCCCUACUCUAUUCUUGCCACAAGCUGUAGUCAAUCACUCCAGCCAGCUGCUGGAGCAGGGCGAGUCCGCCAACCUCACCAUUUGGCUUGAAGGAGCCUCCGGAGAGGCAGUGCCGGUGUCCUUCGAUCUCGCCGCCCUCGGCAACAACUCUCUGGAGGGCAACUCCCAAGACAGCAGCGACAUUAUCCUCGGAAUGCCCCUUUGGGCCUUCUACUACACGGUCUUCAACAUCACGGGCCACUCCGUGUCCCUGAUCCCACAUCCGAUCGAAGCUGCAGCUGCCAUUCCUGUGGCGGAAAACUUCGUGGCGGAGAACGAUCCCAGCCCAGGUCUGGAGGAGCCACCGGUGCAUGUUUGA